AUGAGGGGCCCGGGGCUCUUCUGCUGCUGCUGUUGCUGCCUGGCCCUGCUGCUGCUCCUGGGGACGGCAGAAGAAGCAGAGGACGCCAGGGAAACUGCCUUGAGGGAUCGCUCCCAUAUCGAGAACACCUUGAAGCUGAAAGAGGAUAAGCCCAUCGAUGACUACUCAGCCACCCUGCAGCGCCUGAGGAAGAUCUACCACAGCUCCAUCAAGCCCUUGGAACAGUCCUACAAGUACAAUGAGCUGCGGCAGCAUGAGAUCACGGCUUACCCUGGACGCACCUUGGGCUCUUCAGCCACAGAUGGAGAGAUCACUUCCAAGCCAAUGGUGCUGUUCCUGGGGCCGUGGAGCGUUGGCAAAUCCACCAUGAUUAACUAUCUGCUGGGACUGGACGACACUCCUUAUCAGCUCUACACAGGAGCAGAGCCGACCACCUCAGAGUUCACUGUCAUCAUGCACGGCCCCAAGCUGAAGACCAUCGAAGGGAUUGUCAUGGCUGCUGACAGCGCUCGCUCCUUCUCCCCACUUGAGAAGUUUGGACAGAACUUUCUGGAGAAGCUGAUCGGGAUUGAGGUCCCACAUAAGCUUUUGGAGAGGGUGACCUUCGUGGACACCCCUGGGAUCAUUGAGAACCGGAAGCAGCAGGAGCGAGGGUACCCAUUCAAUGACGUCUGCCAGUGGUUCAUCGACAGAGCUGACCUCAUUUUUGUGGUGUUUGACCCCACCAAGCUGGACGUGGGGCUGGAGCUGGAGAUGCUGUUUCGCCAGCUGAAGGGCCGCGAGUCUCAGAUCAGAAUAAUUCUGAACAAGGCAGACAGCCUGGCCACCCAGGAGCUCAUGCGAGUCUAUGGGGCCUUGUUUUGGAGCCUGGCCCCACUGAUCAAUGUCACGGAGCCCCCGCGGGUUUAUGUCAGCUCCUUUUGGGCUCAGGACUACCAGCCGGACACUCACAGAGACCUUUUCCUAAAAGAAGAGAUCUCGCUCCUGGAAGACCUCAACCAGGUGAUUGAAAACCGGCUGGAGAACAAGAUUGCCUUCAUCCGCCAGCAUGCUAUCAGGGUCCGGAUCCACGCGCUCCUCGUUGACCGCUACUUGCAAACCUAUAAGGAUAAAAUGACCUUCUUCAGCGAUGGAGAACUAGUGUUCAAGGACAUAGUGGAGGAUCCAGACAAAUUCUACAUCUUCAAGUCUAUUCUGGCCAAGACCAAUGUCAGCAAGUUUGACCUCCCUAAUCGUGAGGCCUACAAGGACUUCUUUGGGAUCAACCCGAUCAGCUCCUUCAAGCUCCUCGCCCAGCAGUGCUCCUACAUGGGAGGCUGUUUCCUGGAGAAGAUCGAAAGGGCCAUCACCCAUGACCUGCCUGACCUCUUGGGUAGCGUAGGCCUGGGGAAAAAGCCCAGCGUCCUCUCCUGUGACACCACAGGGUGUGGGGAAACGCCAAAGAACCGUUACAAGAAACAUUAACGGGGCUGUUCCAUGUAGCCACCAGUUCCUUUGCUCCUGUGGGUGAAUGAGCUUAUGUCUUAUCUGUCCAAGAUGCCGAGGUUUGUUAACCCUUCCAAUGCCACACUGACAAGAGCUAAUAUACAAGGAGGAGUUGAAGGCCC